UGCCGACGCCGCCGUGCGCCAUGCUUCUCGAGCUCGCACGACAUCAUCCUUUGGCGGCGCAACCAGCACCGCCGCCGCCGCCGCUGCAGACGUCUACUUAAGGCGCCAUCUGGUCUCUCGUCUCGACACAACAAACACAUCUCCUCGCCUCCUCUCUCACUAGCCCCAAACCAAACUCAACCAAACCAAACUAAACCCACCACACCACAAUGUCCCCCACCAUUGCUGUCCUCGCGCCCACCGGCCUCCUCGGCAACUUCAUCGUCAAGUCCCUCGCUGAGAGCGGCAAGGCGACCGUCGUCGCGCUCCACCGCGCGUCGUCUGACCUCUCCAAGCUCCCCAAGGGCGUGCAGACCCGCGUGCUCGACUACGAGUCGGCGUCGGCUGCCGACGUGCACAAGGCGCUCGAGGGUGUUGACAUUCUUGUUAACGCCGUCUCCAAGGCCGCCCCCGACGCCGACAUCCGCUUCCUCGAGGCCCUCGCCACCCUCCCCAAGAAGCUCACAGCCUACGUCCCCUCCGACUACUCGGUCCCCUGGACCCACGGCGAGGAAGACGACCCGGCCAACGCCAUCGUCUACACCAAGGUCGUCGCGGCCAAGAAGGCCAAGGAGCUCGGCGUGCAGCUGACGCCCGUGCUCAACGGCAGCUUUGAGCCCUUCACCUUCUUCCCCGGUUUCGUCGGCAUCUGGCUCGAGGAGAACAAGGCCAAGUUCUACGGCAAGGCCCUCGAGAACCCCCUCCCCGUCACCUCGCCCGCGUACCUCGGCGCCGGUGUCGCCCAGCUCGUCACCUCGCCCGAGUUCACCCCCGGCAAGACGUACACCAUCUUCGAGCAGAGCUGGACCGGCCGCCAGCUCGUCGACGCCAUCGCCAAGGCCAAGGGCGCCGAGACCACGCUCGAGACCUUCACCGACGCCGAGCUCGAGGGCCUCCGCGCCAACGGCCCUCUUGGUGUCCUCUCCGGCGCCCUCAUCAAGAAGUGGGGCGUCGGCGAGUUCCCCGAGGUCAACCCCUUCAAGCCCCAGGGCGUCACCCCCCGCACUGUCGCCGAUGCCGUCGCGUCGGCCCUUGGCAGCAAGUAAGGCCCGCCGUUAAGUGGAGCUAUUUUUGCCCGGCCAUAUUCUGGUCAACAGUAGCUCUGUAGUAAAGAUAGUAGUCGACCGAUGCAGUCAAUGUUAAUAUCACUGUCGAGUUGAGGAA